UUUCCUACUAAAAUUUUGGCACUAAGUUGAAAUGAAAACCAGACCGUAGAUCAGCCCCUACUGCAGGGGUUAGGGUUUUUCCGGAAUCAGUGUGUAGCACUGAGAGUGAGAGGUGAGAGAGAAUGGCGACGGAGUCUUCUGAGGGAGAAGAGGAAGCGAAGCUGACAGGAGGGAAUAAGGUGCUGAUGGUGGACGAUGAUCUCAGAGAAAUGGGUAAGAAGGCCGCUUGGAGUGUCAGCUCUUGCAAGCCCGGCAAUGGCGUCUCUUCUCUCCGCGACGAUAAUCUCGACACCUAUUGGCAGUCAGACGGUGCACAGCCUCACCUGGUAAAUGUUCAAUUCCAGAAGAAAGUAAAGCUCCAACUUGUUGUUCUAUAUGUGGAUUUCAAACUUGAUGAAAGCUAUACGCCGUGUAAGAUAUCUAUCCGAGCAGGGGAUGGAUUCCACAACUUAAAGGAGAUAAAAGUUGUGGAACUUGAUAAGCAAACCGGUUGGGUUAGUAUAUCCUUGUCAGGAAAUGAUCCAAGGGAAACUUUUGUCAAUACUUUUAUGUUGCAAAUUGCUGUGUUAUCAAAUCAUAUUAAUGGGAGGGAUACCCAUGUUCGCCAAAUCAAAGUUUACGGGCCUCGACCGAACCCUAUUCCUCAUCAAGCAUUUCAAUUUACUUCAAUGGAAUUCAUUACCUAUGCAUCUGUAAGAUGAGAAGUGUGACAAGGAAUAAAGAGGAGGUGAAAGUUGUUGGAGGAAGCAGAUUGUACCAUAGUCAUGAAGGAGGUUUUUUAGGCGUGUAAAACUAUAAACUGUAGAAUAUUCUGAUGUCUACCACCCCAAAAGAACACCAACAGAUUUUUUCUUUCUGAUUUAUUAUAGAUAUUACUUUUAUGAUUUAUAAAUGUUGUCUAAAAUGGCUGAUAUGGGGAACAAAUUUUGUUGUCUUAUUUAUAUAUGAAUAUUUGGAUUUAUCAA